CGUACAGCCCCCAACCCACAUAUCUACUCAGCCCCCCCAAACUCAAACCCAAAGCCCCGUCCCCAAACAACGACAAAACUAAAACUAAAACUACUUAGAGAGAAAAAGCUGAAGCGUUCAUCUCUCUCUCUCUCUCGCUCUCGCUCUCGCCCACGUAGUUUUGAAUUGAAGGUUCUAAAUUCGAAAACCCUAGAUUCCUAAUUUGUUAGCCGUUGAUCUUAAAUAAAGUGUUGUUCCACCUGGACUUCCACCUCACUCUCCUAAACGCCAUGAAAGCAGGUGCUUCAUAGAUAUAUAUAUAAGAAUAAACGUGAUCUGUUAAAUUGUGAAUUUAAGGGGUGUUUUCUGGGCCAACAAAAAUGGGGACAGGGGAAGAGGGCACGCCUUCUAAGCCUUCCAAACAAGCUUCUACAGCUCAGGAAAUACCAACAACACCUUCAUAUCCUGAUUGGUCCAGCUCUAUGCAGGCUUAUUAUGGUCCUGGAGCUACUCCACCUCCCUUUUUCGCCUCUACUGUUGCUUCCCCAACUCCACAUCCCUAUAUGUGGGGAGCCCAACAUCCUAUGAUGCCGCCAUAUGGAACUCCAGUUCCAUACCCAGCCAUGUAUCCUCCAGGUGGAGUUUAUGCUCAUCCUAGUAUGGUCGCGACUCCAGCCUCAGCACAGACAAAUCCAGAGUUGGAAGGGAAGGGCCCAGAUGGGAAAGAGCGGGUUUCAACCAAAAAACCCAAGGGAACUGCAGGAAAUACAGGUUUGGUUGGUGGCAAGGCUGGGGAGAGUGGAAAAGCAACUUCAGGUUCAGGAAAUGAUGGCGCUUCACAAAGUGGUGAAAGUGGUAGCGAGGGUUCAUCAGAUGGCAGUGAAGAUAAUGCUAACCAACAGGAGUAUGGUGCAAACAAGAGGGGAAGCUUUGACAAGAUGCUUGCAGAUGGAGCAAAUGCACAGAAUACUGGGGCAAAUGUUCAAGCUUCAGUGCCUGGGAAGCCUGUCUCUAUGCCUGCUACUAAUCUGAAUAUUGGAAUGGACUUAUGGAAUGCAACCCCUGCAGGUGCUGGAGGAGCAAAAAUGAGAGCAAAUCCGUCAGGUGCUCCAUCGGCUGCGGGUGCUGAUCACUGGAUUCAAGACGAACGUGAACUGAAAAGACAGAAAAGAAAGCAAUCAAAUAGGGAGUCAGCUAGGAGGUCAAGAUUACGGAAGCAGGCAGAGUGUGAAGAGCUACAAGCAAGGGUGGAGACAUUGAGCAAUGAGAAUCAUAACCUUAGAGAUGAACUGAACAGGCUCUCAGAAGAGUGCGAGAAACUCACAUCUGAGAAUACUAAUAUAAAGGAAGAGUUGACACGAGUGUGCGGACCAGAUUUCGUAGCAAACCUUGAGCAGCAGCCUGGUGGUGGUGAGGGCAACAGUUGAGAAGGAAUUAAUUUCUCUUUGUAGUAACAGAAAUUUAUUGAGCUCCGGAAGCCAUGACCCUCACUCGAAUUGAGCGUAGAGCAUUUGUUUCCCUUACUAAUUUAUACACUUAACCCUUCUCUGUAACUGUAACGUUUAUUUAUCAACUUUCAACUGAGUUGGAUCCUCGGAGCCAUGCAAAUUGUUGUACCAUUGGAAAAGAGUAUAUAAUAGAUUGCUUCCAUUGACUAUUUA